GGAUCAGGGGUCGGAUCACCGGACACUCUUGCUUUCCGAUAAGCACUCUUGCUUUCCGAUAAGCCUUACGUCCGCAAUAAUCGGCCCCUUUUCAGGUUUGAUGCGCGUUGGGCCGAUAAUCCAGAAGUAAGAGCCAUGGUGACCUAUGUCUGGAAGGAAGAGGUUCAGGGAACUCCCAUGUUUCGUCUUUGGGAGAGGCUCAAGAACCUUCGUCAUUUGUUGUAUGAUUGGAGCAGAGCAGGAACGACCAAUUCGUUAAGAAAUAUUAGGACUCUGCAGGCAGAAAUUGACCGCCUCAAGCAAACCCAUCCCAUUAAUUGGGAUGAGGUCCGAACUCUUGAGCUUGAGUUAGGUAGACAAUGGGAGGCGGAGGAGGAAUACUGGCAGCAAAAAUCCCGAGUCCGUUGGUUACAAAGGGGGGACAAAAAUUCAUCGUAUUUUCAUACGGUGACGAGGACCCGUCGGAAAAAGAAUUUUGUGAGUGGGCUUCGGGAUGAUGAUGGCCAAUGGGUGACGGAUGAGAAAGGGAAAGCGGAUAUUGCUACUAAAUAUUACAGUACCCUCUUCACGUCCGAAAACCAGGUUCAGGAUAUGCAUAGACGUAUUCAUAGUUUGCCUAUUGCCCAAAGUGUGACCCCGAUCAUGAAUGAAGCUCUAACGGCUACUGUUCUCCCGGAUGAGGUCCGAAGAACUGUGUUUUCCAUGUGUUCAAAACAAGCCCCGGGGUCAGACGGUUUCACUGGAAAAUUUUUUAAGGCCUUAUGGGAUAUUGUGGGACCUUCGGUAGUUGAAGCAGUCUGUUCUUUCUUCACCUCUGGGCGGUUGCUAUGCAGUUUCAACCACACCUGGCUCACAUUAAUCCCUAAAGUGGAUUCUGUGGAAACAAUGAAGCAGUUGCGUCCCAUAAGCUUAUGCCAAUUCGUGUACAAAAUUAUAACCAAGAUUUUGGCAGAACGCUUGUCCGUGAUUCUUCCUCAAGUGGUUUCAGAAGGUCAGAAUGACUUUAUCAGAGAGCGUCAGAUAGUGGAUAAUAUCUUACUCGGGCAUGAGCUCAUGCAUUAUUUGAAAACCAAAACACAAGGGAAAAAAGGGUUCAUGGCCCUGAAGGUUGACAUGGAAAAGGCCUAUGAUAGAGUCGAAUGGCCCUUUCUCCUUGAAGUUUUGGUUAAGAUGGGUUUUAGCUCUACCUGGGUAGGAUGGAUUAAGGAAUGCCUCAUCUCUGCUUCUUUCUCAGUUAUGAUGAAUGGUACUCCGUCGGGAUACUUUUCCCCUUCUAGGGGGUUGCGCCAAGGGGAUCCGUUGUCGCCUCUCCUUUUUGUGCUGUGUACUGAAGGGUUUGCGGCGCUUCUCCAGAGGGCGAUAGCGGACAAAAAGUUGGCUGGGAUCAAAGUGGCUCCACGGGCGCCCAGAUUGUCACAUUUAUUUUUUGCCGAUGACUCGUAUCUGUUUCUGCGAGGUAACCUCCAGGAGUGUGAGAACCUUAUUGAAGUCCUCAAUGAAUAUGAGGAAUUGAGUGGCCAAAGGGUUAAUCUGGCCAAAUCGGCAGUGUGCUUCAGUAGGAAUAUAGUGCAACAAGACCAAGAAUUCUUGGCAGCAGUGCUGGGGGUGGGGGCAGUUGGCGUCCAUGAUAAGUAUCUGGGUCUCCCGUCUUUGGUGGCCAGAUCGAAGAUGGAGACAUUCCGUUAUGUGGAAGCCAAAUUGUUGGAACGUCUCCAGGGAUGGAAACAGAGGACUCUUUCGUGGGCAGCUAAAGAAACGCUUAUUAAAUCCAUUGCCCUGGCUCUGCCGCUGCACGUGAUGUCCUGUUUCAAGCUCCCUUUGUCCCUGUGCCGCCUUUUAGACAGGCAUGUGGCCCGUUUCUGGUGGGGUGAGAAUGAAGGGCAUUCGAGGGUGCGGUGGAUGUCGUGGCGGGACAUGUGCAGGAGUAAGCAUGAGGGGGGUAUGGGGUUCCGCCGUUUUGAGCUUUUUAAUCAGGCACUCUUGGCUAAAAUUGGGUGGCGUAUCAUCAGUGAACCGAAUUCCUUGCUGGCCCAAGUGUAUCGGGGUAAAUACUUCCCUAAUGGCCAUUUCCUAACAGCGAAAGCUAGGUCUAGGCCUUCCUGGGGUUGGCAGAGUAUCCUGUUUGGUCGCCAGCUCCUAGAGAUGGGAUUGAGAUGGCAGGUUGGGAAUGGGCGCUCAGCAUCUAUGCUCCAUUCUACUUGGGUCCCGGAAUUUCAGUUUCAGCCCAUUUGUUACAAUCCGCAGGUAUUGCCGGCUGGUGGUGACCCUCUGGUGGCCGAGCUUAUUUGUCAAGGGGAGGGACGUUGGUGUGACCAAAAGCUAUUGCAGUGGUUUGACCCCGUGACGUGCCGUCUAAUCAAGGCUAUCCCGCUCCCGCGAGACAAUGUUGAGGAUAAGCUCAUUUGGUAUGGAACAGCGGAUGGGGUAUUCUCGGUCAAAUCGGCUUACCAUCUGGCUGUCUCAUUGGAGAAAAGGAGAGGGAGUGGGAGGGCUUCUGUAGAUUGGAUGGAUAGGGCUAGUUGGAUUCGGCUGUGGGAGGCUAAUAUCCCGCCUAAGCUGAAGGUUUUUGCUUGGCAGAUCUUCAAUCGAAUUUUGCCGACUACUGAGGCGCUUAUUAGUCACCAUAUCCCGGUCCUGCCCCGUUGUCCGGUCUGUUGGGGAGGCCCAGAAACUUUGGAGCAUCUUUUUUUGGAUUGUCCGGUCGCGCGUGCCCUAUGGGGGGCGGCGGGGUUGGAACAUCUAGGGGAGGGCCUUCCACGACAUACCUUCCCUCUGUUCCUUAAAAAGUUGCUGGCCUUGGUUUCUCAGCCGUCGCUGUGGAUGGCCAUUUUUGCGGUACUUUGGCGGAUAUGGAAGGCCCGAAACUGGGUUGUUUUUGAAGGAAAGCAAUUUAGUCUUCCGGCGCUUCUACGCCAAUUUACCCAGCAAGUGGAGGAAUGGGCGCGCCUCCCGGUUGAAGACAGAUUCCCAACCCCGGUAGUAGUGGAACAAGGCCCUGGGAUGGUGGGCUCUGCUGCGUUUGUCUGUACUUGGGACGGUGCCACGAGGAGGGGUUCGCAUUCGGCGGGUGGCAUGGUGCUUAUGACUGCCUCUAGUGCCGUCCUCAGGGUUGCCGGUGUCCAGUUUCCAGCCAUUGAUGAUCAUGCGACUGUGGAGUUGAUUGCGCUACGUGAGGCUCUUCUCUGGUGCUUGGGUCAAGGUUUAGCCUCGGUUAGGUUUGAGGGAGAUGCUAAGGUUGUCAUUGACAAAAUCAGGAGGAGGGAUUCAAGAGACAGCAGGUUGGGUGCUAUUUUGGAGGAGGUGAUAAAGAUCUUUGACAGUAGCCCUGGGUUCAGUGUCCGUUUUGUAGGUCGGCAUAGAAAUAGGGUAGCCCAUUUGGUGGCUAGAAAAGCCCUCGCCUUGUAUCCGAUUAUGAGUCGUGCUUUUAAUUUCUAGGCCUGGCUGGUUUCCAGGAUGUAACUAUCGUUUUCAUUAUCAAUAUAUGAUUAUCUUUUGUCAAAAAAAAAAAAAAAUUCAAAGUUCAAACUAGAUGAUCAUUGCUUGCUCUUGCUCAGACUUAUUAUUAGCAUCUCAUAAAUGUUCACAUACGAUUCAUAAAUCCUACUCAAAUCAAAGAAGAAAAGACUGAAAAUGCAUUUUCAAACGUAUUUUGUAUCUUCUAUGUGAGAAUGACAAUCCAAUUCUAUACUGUUUCGCUUAAAAUUUUGACCCACCUAAACUAUAUUCUCUCAACAAUAAUUGAGAAUAAAAUAUCAUAUUUAAU